AUGAGCUACCUCUUGGAUCAAGACUGCUCCUUCGUCGUUAUGGCCUUCCGGCUGAAAGGAGUCGUCCCCACCGUGGAGCAGCUGAUGGAUGUCUGCAACCUGAUGGGGUUAGGGGAUAUUGCACCGCGCGUCGAGCAGAUUCUGGGACUUCCCAUCGUAGUACUGCCUCGCCCCGUUGUCGAAGAAGCGUUAGCCGCGAUCCUGCGCCGAAGACUGAGAUGGCAGAAGCACAUUUGCGACAAAGUCGAGGAAGAGCUUGGAUGUUCCCUCCCGAAAAACCAGGUUCUCCCGUCGAUCUCGGCCGGAAACUCGUCGGCGAGCUCUGAAGACUCAACCGAAACCCGCUCGGUCGAUGCCCCACCAGGAGAGGAUUCCUACGAGCGGAACAUUACCCUCAGAAUGCCCGGAGGCAGCGAUGCGCAAUCUCGAUUGCUCGACAAAUUGACGCGUGGCGUUCGAUGUCGUGAAUUCUACCCGGCACAGGCUCCACCGCAACUUACCGCGUUGCCCAUGUUUUGUCGCGGGAAUCUGGCAAUACAUCCGGAAUUGGGGCCUGAGACUAGGUUGGGAGAGAGGUAUUUCGAGAUGGAUUCUUGGAUGUGGCCUGGAUUGAAGCCCGAUCAGGCGUAUCUCUUCUCGCGAGAUCUACGACCCGAAGAAUAUCUCGACAUCUAUUUGGAUGCAUUCCAAAAGUUGAUCAACUGCCCGGUGGUGCGUCUGAUGCAAUGCUAUGAAAAUGAGGCGGAAUGUAUCGCCGCUCUACCGACCAUUCAGCAACUAUUCGAAGCUAUUAUUCAAGCGCCGAGGAUCGAGAGGGAAGAUGGACGUCGUCUGGUCAUUGUUGACAUACAGAGACGCGGCCAAGAAUUCCAUAUGAAAGGAAAGACGAGGAUUUGGGAUAAGGUGGAGAUGCCCGAGCUGGCUGCCAAAUAUGCAACAAUGAUGAAGGCUGUACGUGCGGUGAUGGACAGUCGACAGCCAAAUGAUGUUCAGCUGUACCAAGCCGAUCUGCCAAGCCCUCGGAUCUACUACACCGUCCCUCGCACUCCAACCACGGCCAAUUUGAUUAUCGCCCAGAACUACGCGUCGCCAUGGCAGGUCUACGCACAGAUAUUACAGUCGAAUACGAGGGACCGCAAUGAGACGAUGCCGCCACUGCGCCGCCUGUGGCCACGCCCAACCGAUGACGCCAUG